AUGGCAAAAAAGGAUAAGCAAAAUACCGAAAUAGACUGCACUUGUUUGGAUUUAUUUGAGGAAGCUACCAAAGUAUAUCGUUUUUUGGAUUGUGAAAUAAUUAAAAAGUGUGUAAAAGAUGGAACCUUAAAGGAAUCGGAUAGUAUAUGCAUAUAUGGGAAAGAAAGUUGUGGUAAAACUUUACUACUAACAGAAUUAUUAGUUGACCUUUCAGCUGUAAAAGAACUUAGAGGAAUGAAUUGUAAAGUUGCUUUUUUAGACUGUGAUUUAAGUUUUAACUAUAAUAACUAUGAAAAUAUGAUAACCAAAAAGUUUGAAAAAUAUAUAAGCAAUAAUAAUGUCAACAUAUAUGAUAAAUAUGAAAAAGAUCAAUUAAAAAAAGAAUUAUUAGAACGGUCUUUUUCAAAUGUUUAUUAUAUCCCUAUAUUCAAUCCGGGGCACCUUUUAGUUAUAUUAAACAGCUUAAAAAAACUAUUAGAGCAGAAAAACUUUAUAAAGGCAUUAUUUAUUGAUUCAAUAUCAUUUUGGAACUUUUGUAAAUAUGAUAAAAUAAAUUUUUUUUCAAAUAAUAAUUAUGUAAAAAGGAAUACAUUAGAGUUAUUAGAUUAUGCGUUUACUCUUAUUUUAAACCUAAAGAAAAGGUAUAAGUUUUUAUUUUUUUACACUAAAUUGUCUAAUGAGGAUAAGUUUAUGGAAUAUACCAUAAAUUUGUCGAUGAGUGAAAGUAGUAUUGAGCCACAAAAUAAUAUAAAGACCCCCCAAGAAAAUAUAAAAGAAAAUAAUGCAUUAUUUAAUAAAUCAAGCACUUUUAAAAAGGAAUAUUUUUUAAUACCACACAAUUUUAAUGAUAUAAUUAAAACACAUAUUUUUCGCAAGAAGGAUUUUGCAACUAAAAAUUUUUUAAUAGAAAAACCUUUUUUUAUUUUUUUAAUUCCAAAUGAAAAAAAACAAUUUACAUAUAUUGAUAAAAAAUGUGAGCACCCCAACUUAAACUUCCUAAUGUGUCUAUCAUCUGAAAUGACAAACCCAAACAAAACACAAUAUUCAAAGUUUUUUUUUAGGAUAAUUAAUUCCCAUACUAUUGUUCCCUUAUGA